AAAGCUCUGCUCUAAAUGUCUUGCAGUGUUACAGUGAACCUCUCCAACAGCAGAACAGAGAGCAUUGAUCUUCACCUGAACCCUCGCAUGAAAUCCAGCACAUUCAUAAGAAACUCAUACCUGAAUGAAUCCUGGGGUCAGGAGGAGCGGGAGUUGGUCUUUUUCCCCUUUUCUCCUGCAGAGUAUUUUGAGGCUUGCACUUGUUUGAGUUUAAACACCUGGUUCAGGACCUGAGCACCAUCGACCUGCUGGAGAUAAUGGGAGACCUGGAGCUUAUGGAUGUCAAACUGUGAUUUAUUGAUCGAGCGCUUCUGCAUGACUGGAGGAAACAGUCCUAUAGGUAUUGCAGCAGCCACCAUGUUCACCCCGGAGAAGAUGAAAGAAGUGUCGGACACUCAGCUUCGCGUGGCCUUUGAUGGAGACGCUGUCCUUUUCUCAGAUGAGUCAAAACGCAUUUUCAAGGCCCACGGACUGGACAAGUUCUUUGAGCACGAGAAGGCUCACGAGAACAAGCCUCUGGACCAUGGCCCACUGAAGGGAUUCCUGGAGGCUUUGGGAAAACUACAAAGGAAGUUUUUUGACAAGGGCCUACGCAUGGACUGCCCUAUCCGCACCUACCUGGUCACGGCUCGCAGUGCCGCCAGUUCCGGUACCAGAGCCUUAAAAACGCUUCGGUCGUGGGGUUUGGAGAUUGAUGAGGCGCUCUUUCUAGCAGGAACACCCAAAGGCCCCAUGCUAGAAAAGAUCAGGCCGCACCUUUUCUUUGACGAUCAGAUGUUUCACGUGGAAGGGGCGGCCGAGCUUGGCACCGUGGCCUGUCAUGUUCCCUACGGCAUUGCACAGAGACUUGCAAAGAAAUGACUCUGUUACCAGAUUGAUCAAGAAGCCCUAAAUAUAAUUAUGUAGAGGAAACUCCUUAGGUAUAAUGGUGGAAAUGCUCUGAAAUGUAAAAAAACAAACAAACAUUUAUGCUAAUGUCAAUUAAUAUCAUUACACUAAAACAAAAAAGCUAUUUUAUUUGCAGAAUUGUCUGUCUAUAAUGUUUGUCUAUCAUAAAUGUGUUAAAUAUCAGUUUUUAUAGUUUUAUUUUAAUCUUGCACAUCGGUGACAUGUACUUGUGGUUGAUUAACUUAUGACAAAUCUAGAUG